AAGUAGAUAUGCGUAUGAAGAAGUGUUUAAUGAAGUAACUGAGCAUGCAGGUAGGCAAGUAGGUAACUACGUAAGUAAGUUCGACAGGGAGGAUGAGGUGCUGUGCCUAAUUAAAGGUUGCAACUUCCUUUUGCGUAAUAUUCCGGACGAGUCGUUCUCCUUCCAUUACCACGAGAAGAACGAGUACCAGUUUCAGACUGUCGAUCCAUGCAACGUUUUUCCGUACCUUCUGGUGAAUAUCGGUUCUGGUGUGAGCAUCGUCAAAGUCGAUUCUGAUGUGAAAUUCGAACGCAUCGGAGGUACGUCCUUAGGCGGAGGUACGUUCUGGGGACUGGGUUCUUUGCUGACUGAAGCUAAGGGCUUCGAUGCGCUGUUGGCACUGGCUGAGCAAGGGGACCAUCGAAACAUCGACAUGUUAGUGGGAGACAUUUACGGCGGCUCGUAUGAAACACUCGGCAUGUCUCACGACUUGAUCGCCAGCAAAAAUUCGUUCGACCAGAAGGACAUCGUCCGCAGCCUUUUGCUGACCAUCAGCAACGUCAUCGGACAACUUGCCUACCUCUAUGCUACAGUCAACAGCAUAAGUCGGAUUUAUUUCGCCGGCUAUUUCAUACGGGGCCACCCAGUCACAAUGCGGACGAUUUCGUUCGCUAUCAACUACUGGAGUAAAGGGACAAUGUCCGCGUUGUUUUUGCGCCACGAAGGUUACCCAGGCGUUAUCGGUGCAUUCUUAAAGGGUGCUGAAGAAGACAGUAAGUGA